GUACACAACACUCAUGUUUCUGUCGUCCUUUUUAAAGGAAACUCAGGUGCUCUGAAGCUCUUCCAAGUUCCUGUUGUCAAUCUCUGACUGAAGGACAUGAAGUACACGACGAGCCUAUUCGUUUUGAUUCUUUUCCUGUUAUCGUUAUCCUGUUCUGCCCAGAAAAACCAGGACUCUGAAAGCUUUGCAGCUUCAAGGCUUCUACAAGAAGAAGAGCGUCAUGAAAUACAUUGUUCCAGAGAAAGAAGUAGGGCGGCAUGGAAGAUUAUUGAGGAGUAUUUGAUGCCAUUUGUGAAAAAAGAACGCUAUGAGAUCUCAAGUAAGUGUCGCCUUCAUCCUGAUAAUGACCUAUUUAGGGAUCAGGAACAGCACAAGAUUCAUUUGGAUAUAAAUGAAUGGCAGUGCGCAUACUGCAAGAAGAGCUUCCGUGCCGAAAAUUUUCUUGAUCAGCAUUUCGACAGCAGACACAACAAUCUUCUGAAUGUAAGCGGAAGCAAGUGCUUAGCUGAUCUAUGUGGAGCUUUGCAUUGUGAUGCUGUAAUGAAUACCCAGUCAAGCAAAAAGAAGUGCAAUCCUGAAGCUACUGCAAGGAAUCGCCACCUAUGUGAGGGUCUUGCUAAUAGCUGUUUUCCAUCCAAUCAUGGGCCCUCAGCACACCGUCUUAAUGAAUUGUUCUUGCACCAGUUCUGUCAUCCUCACACUUGCUCGGGAAAGCAGAAACCCUUUUCUAGAGGAGGACAGAAGCAAGUACAUGUAUUCUACCUGGCUAUUUCCAUACUGACUCUGAUGCUGCUCCCUAUUUUCUAUGUGAUUCUUUUUUUACACCAAAGAGAGAUGAGAAAGGGAACCCAAGAGCUCAGACGGAUCCCAAAAGAUGCCCUAAAAAAGAAACCCUCGUAGUCGGAUAUCAGAAUGGAUUAGUUGAGCAGAUCUAGGAUUGCAUGAGUAAAUGGCUAAACUUGCCAUCGAACGAACAUAUGACAUUGUAAAUCUGCAUGUUGACACACAUAGGAGAUAUGGCACCAGAAUGCUGCAACAGAUGACAAAUUCAAGAUCAGCAUUUUAGAAGCUCCAGAUCUGACCCUCUCUUAAUAAAGCCUCUGGUGGUUGAUGAUAGAAUUAGCUUUAGAUAGUCUUUUUCUUCGAUAACCUUACCACUUAACAUUUAGAGUGACUAUGAUCUAUCCUUUGCCAAACUUUGCUGUCAUUGUUCCUCAUCUAUUUAUGAGUAAUGAGGAUGAGUACAUUGUUUUUGGUCCUGUGGUUUUGCAUUU